AUGUCGUCCUCCGAGACCUCGUCCCGAAGAUUGAUCAGUUCGGGCAGUUCCUUUGAGCAGCAGAUAGGAUACUCCAGGGCAGUUGUUGAUGGGGACUUUAUCUUUGUCUCGGGAUGCACAGGCUACGACUACAAGACCCAAACAAUCUCGGCCGACGUGGCAGAGCAGACAGAGCAGAGCAUGCGCAACAUCGCCUCGGCGCUCGAGGAGGCCGGGGCAGAGGUGAGCGAUAUCGUGCGGGUGCGGUACAUCCUGCCGGACCGUGGGGAUUUCCCCAAGACGUGGGGGGUCUUGGGGCGGUGGCUUGGGGAUGUGCGGCCGGCGGCGACGAUGAUGGUGGCCGGGCUGAUGGAGGAGGUUAUGCGGAUUGAGAUUGAGGUUACGGCGGUGAAGAGGAGGAGGUAG